CCGCCUGGCUCCUCAGACUGGAAGCUCUCAGAGGGCGUCGGGCAGGGAACCGGAGCCCUUCCGGAGCCAGAGGCCGCAGCGUCUCUCCUGGACUCACAAAGCAAGAAUGAAAGCCUGGAGCCGGGCUUUGGGGGACCCCAGCGGCCCUUGGGGGUGUGCGAGAGCGCUGUCUGUGAGCUGUAGCUGGGCUCGGGUGCUUGGCGUGCUGGCCGCCCUGGGGCUUGGCUCCCUCUCGCUCACCUUGCUCCUGGGCCCAGUGUCCCCUCUUGUCACCUGGCUCCAGAUGCGCCCUAAGGAGGUGGCGUGCAGGCCCUGCAAGGCCCAGGGAGGAGAGGCCGGGGGGCAGACGGACUCCUGCCACCUCGUCCUCGUGGAAAGCAUUCCCCAGGACCUGCCCUUCGCAGCGGGCAGCCCCUCCGGCCGGCCCCUGGCCCAGGCCUGGCUGCAGCUCCUGGACGCAGCCCAGGAGAGCAUCCAGGUGGCCUCCUACUACUGGUCGCUCACCGGGCAGGACAUUGGCGUCAACGACACCUCCUCCCGGCAGGGAGAAGCUGUUCUGCGGAAGCUGCAGCUUCUGCUCGCCAAGAACGUCUCCCUGGCCGUGGCCACCAGCAGCCCGACACCGGCCACGGAGUCCACUGACCUGCAAGUCCUGGCUGCCCAAGGUGCCCGGGUCCGCCAGGUGCCCAUGAAGAAGCUCAUUGGGGGCGUCCUGCACUCCAAAUUCUGGAUUGUGGACAGGCGGCAUGUCUACCUGGGCAGUGCCAACAUGGACUGGCGCUCACUGACACAGGUGAAGGAGCUGGGCGCUGUCAUCUACAACUGCAGCCACCUGGCCCAGGACCUGGAAAAGAUCUUCCAGACCUACUGGGCGCUGGGGGCACCCCACGCUGUCCUCCCCCAGACCUGGCCUCGGAACCUCUCAACCCACAUCAACCACGCCCAGCCCUUCCGGGGGCGCUUUGACGGGGUGCCCACCUCUGCCUACUUCUCGGCCUCCCCGCCCCCCCUGUGCCCCCAUGGCCGUACUAGGGACCUGGACGCGGUGCUGGCGGUGAUCAGGGGGGCCCGGAAGUUCGUCUACACGGCUGUGAUGGAGUACUUCCCCUCCACCCACUUCCACCACCCUGCCAGGUACUGGCCCGUGCUGGACAAUGCUCUGCGGGCAGCGGCCUUGAACCGAGGCGUGUGCGUGCGUUUGCUGGUCAGCUGUUGGCUCAACACGGACCCUGCCAUGUUCCCUUUCCUGCGGUCUCUGCAGGCCUUUGGCAACGCCUCAGCUGGCAUCUCCGUGGACGUGCCCGACACUCUCUGUUCCCGGAAGAAAGUCUUCAUCCUGCCCGUGGGAAAUCACUCCAACGUCCCGUUCAGCCGCGUGAGCCACAGCAAAUUCACCGUCACAGACAAGACCGCCUACAUAGGUACUUCCAACUGGUCAGAGGAGUACUUCAGCAGCACUGCAGGCGUGGGCUUGGUGGUCAGCCAGAGGGCCCCCAGCUCCCGCCCGAGUGAACCCCCUGUGCAGGAAAAGCUGCGGAGACUCUUUGAGCGAGACUGGAGCUCUGCCUAUGCUGUGCCCCUGGAUGGACAGGCCCCCGGCCAGGACUGUGUUUGGUAGGCGGAGCCUCUGGUCCAGGGCCACGGCUCUCAUUGGACACUGGCCAUCAGUGUCCACCAGUUGGAGCUCAGAUGCCGCAGAAGCUCAGGAGUGUUACUUAGAGUCUGGGUUGCGCUCUGAGACGUCCAGGGACGGGGCUCGUCAGGGACAGAGCCGGGACGGAGGAUGUCCACGGUUGCCAGAGGAAGGCCACUGAGUGGCGUGAGCGGGUGCUUGGCUGUCCCCCCGCCCCGCGGCGGAUUGCUGGCACAGCUGCCCACCUGCCGCCCCCCGUUACAGAUGUAGAUGGCGCAAGGCCUGGCCAAGCCAAACCCUGGCAUUCCUGUGCAUUUUCUCUCUCCCCUCAUGCCCACGGAUCCUGGUUCCCGAAUGUCCUUUAUUAAACCACA